CACACACACUCACACACACACACACACACGCUCACUCUCCCAGUCCUAACUUCACUUUCUUGUUGGAAAAGGAAGGUACACAUCCUUCACUUACCUCCUGUCUCCUUCACUUACCUCCUGUCUCCUUCACUUACCACCUUACCUCCUUCGAUAAACGAUAAACCGCAUCAUAAUGAAACUCCGCCCACAGCCUCGUUUCCUCGUGCUCUUCCUCUCUGUGAAUGGUGGUGACGUCAUCGGGGCGGGAUGGGGGCGGUGCUGUCAGUUCAAACACCCCACGCGGCUGCGGGCAGAUCAAAAAUUGAACGGAGCUCCUCGCGCCGUGUUUGCUUUUGUUGUGUCCGACACCAACAUGUGGGCGCGUGCUGUUGUGUGCGCGGCGCUGCUGUCCGUCAUCUGUCCGAGCGGAAGUACGGAGGCCGAGCGGGACGUUCAGGACACACGCUCCAACACCAACAGACUGCUUGGUGCUCUGCAUGAAGUGCUGGAGAAGCUGCAGACAAACAGGAUUCAUCUGUGGGAGAAGAAAUAUGGACAAGUCCCAUCUUGUGACCUGGGCGAGCACUGCGCCGUCAGAAAAGGAUCUCGCAUCGGAAAGAUGUGCGACUGCCCUCGAGGAGCUUCCUGUCACUUCUUGCUGCUCAAGUGUUUAUGAGACGUGUCGCGUAUCAUCGAACACAUUUGAAGUCAUGGUGUAAAUAAUCCAGUUUUCCAGCUCCUUAAACCCGUGCUGUGGCUCAGUGUCACCAGCAGGUGGCAGUGCCGACCACAGCAAAGCAAAUUCACAAAAUGUGUCUAUGGUUAAAAAGUAAAAUAAAACCAUGCAGUAAAUGGUCUUUUGGAUGUGAUGAUGUUUCCAGGUAAAAAGACACAGCUGAAGUUUCUCGUCACUGAUACUGUGUGAUUUAUAAAUGUUAAUAAAACAUUAAGGUCAAAGAUGAA